GCCCUUCUCGGAGCUCAAUCUUCUUUCUCUCUAUCAAUUACAAGCCUACUUCGUUUCAAUUCAAUUCAUUUUUUUUUAGCGAAACCUUAUACCCAACCGUCACAAUGGCUAAGAUUGCUAUCGUUUUCUACUCCAUGUAUGGCCACAUUGCCAAGUUGGCCGAGGCUGAGAAGAAGGGUGUUGAGGCUGCCGGUGGCCAGGCCGACAUCUACCAAAUUGCUGAGACCCUUCCUGAGGAAGUCUUGGCCAAGAUGGGCGCUGCCCCCAAGACCGACUACCCCAUUGCUAAAGCUGAGACUCUCCUUGAAUACGAUGCCAUUCUCUUCGGUAUUCCCACCCGAUUCGGAAACUUUCCUGCCCAGUGGAAGACCUUCUGGGACAGGACCGGUGGCAUCUGGGCCAACGGUGGUUACUGGGGCAAGUCUGCCGGUGUCUUCAUCUCUACCGGUACCCUCGGUGGUGGUCAGGAGUCCACUGCCAUCUCUGCCAUGAGCACUUUGGUUCACCACGGUUUCAGCUUCGUCCCUCUCGGAUACAAGCACUCUUUCGGCCAGCUCUCCAACCUCUCUGAGAUUCACGGCGGUAGCCCCUGGGGUGCCGGUACCUUUGCCGGUGCUGACGGUAGCCGUCAACCCACCGCUUUGGAGUUGGAAAUCGCCGAGAUCCAGGGCAAGACUUUCUACGAGCGUGUUAGCAAGUGACUAGAUGGUACCCCAGAGAAGAAAGCCGAAGUGCAAUCUACUCCAGCAGCAACGAAGGAGUCUACCACCAAGCCUAGUCCGGCUAAGGAUGGCAAGGAGGACAAGGAAGGUCCUUGUGGAUUGCCGGUGAAGUGCGCUGUUAUAUAAAUGAUUGAUGUAAUUUCAUAUCCAUAUACGUAUAUAUUAUGAUAAAUAAAUGACUUCAUAUAUUCACUUG